AUGCAACAACUGACAGAUACAUUUUCGUUUGAUGUGGAACUACAAAGGCCAUUGAGCAACGUUUACUAUGUCAGUCGCAUCCCAUCAUAUGUAUCAUUGGAUUCAGAUGGAAUAUCUAUUGAAGAAGAUCCCAUCGGGUUGAUUGAAGACUAUGGCUAUGCUCAUUUUUAUUUUCUCGGCCUUUAUAACGCAUCCAAGAAGGUCAAUAUUUACUGCAAGACCUGUUGUUUCGUGUCUUUCCUUAAGUGCUCUCCUAGUCGUGCCUUCACCGCCCAACUUACAAAAGCUUACAAUGAGCUGAAAACGACUGACGGAUGUUUGGUAAUUAUAUUGGUGUCCAAAGAUAAAGAUGUUAAAGAAUUCAAUAUGAACAUGGGUGGCUAUCCCGUAUGAGGACAGGACUUGUGUAGGAUGCUCAACAUAAAACGGAUUCCAGCUCUGGUGAUAAUUGGAGAGGACGGGAGGACUAUAAGCACAUAUGGAAAGGGCAUGAUUCCAGUGUAUGGCGCCAAGGGAUUCCCAUUCCCGGAAUGGAGGGUUGCAGAGAUAGAAGCAGCCAUACUUUUGAGGAGAUGCUGGAUCCUUUGCGCUUAAGUGCUCAGAGUAGAGGCAGAAAGAGAGGUCGGAUCUUGGGAAUGUGAGCUAAACAGAUUGAGAGCAGUUGCCGAAGAAAACAUGCAUCUAACAUUGCUAUGUCUUUGUAGAGGUAGUAGAUUGAUGAGUUGUGCCAUUGUUCACUGCUAUCAACACAAGCGUUGAUUUGAUCAUAUAUUGUUAUGGUUGGUUUUCUCGCAGACUGAUUCAAAUAUAUCUUAUGUAAGCUCAAGAAGAUCUUCACACAUUUUGGAAUUGCAGUGAUGAGCUCAAAAUCAAAUGUAUGCAAAAGCUUUCUUAUUUCCAGCAUCAUGGACCUGGAUUGUUUUUUUUCCUUAUCAACUUCUCUCUGUAAUGAAUUAGCCAAAAACUCGUAUUUGAUUUUGCUAAUUUUAGGAGAGGCUA